GUCGUUCCGUACGUAAAAGCACAUAGCAAAUUGAUCAUAUGUGAGUCAAGUUAGGUGCGGACCGGCCGCGAAUUAACCGCAAUUGUAACAUUUACUGGUAAAUAUUUAUCACAAAUGUUACGUAUACAGUAAUCAAACAAGCCCGGUUCUAUUUGUGACAAAUUAUCACCAUUUUAAAGUACAAAAUGUUACGGCUAAGUCAACUGGUGAUUGUGUUCCUUGUCGCGCUGAAGCAGGUCACGAGUGAUGCUCCGCAAAAGGUAAUUGUAACGAUUUACUACGAGAGCCUGUGCCCAGACAGCAAGCGAUUCAUUUUGAACCAACUGGAACCAUCUAUCCAGACACUGGAGAAUUAUAUAACCCUGGAAUUUGUGCCUUUUGGAAAAGCUAGAAGCAUCAACCAAGGCCACAAUGGUUUUCAAUGUCAGCACGGCCCCAAAGAGUGUGCCGGCAAUAUGGUGCAGAGCUGCGCGCUGGAUCUCAUGCAGGAACGAAACGACUUGGAAAAGGUUCUAUAUGUCACUUGCGAAAUGAUGACUGAGGCGGGGACCACAAACAAUAUGAAGUGCGUGAAAAGAGCUGGUCUCCGAGCGUAUGAUGUAAGAUCAUGCAUAUCCUCAGGUAUAGGUACUAGUUUGCAGCUGCAAGCUGAACAAGCCACCAAUCAAAUCAGACCAAGGUUCAUACCAACUGUAACUAUCAACGGGGUUUUCGACCAACAGAUACAAGAUUCAGCGAUGGUAGAUCUCUACGGAACACUUUGUUCGGUGCUUGGAGAAGUUCCUCCUUGCGUUAACUUCAAUGGAGGAGCGACGGAAUACGCUUUCAUUUGAACAGACAAUAAAUUGAUAUAAUUCGUACCUUAUCUAUUUCUU